AUGGCUGCAGCGUUGCCGUUGCAGAAGCUCAGUGACCAGGCGCUCCGGGACAUUACGGCGAGUCUGUUGGACGCCCUUUGGAGCUCAUUUGAGACGACUUAUUGGGAGUUGGAGAACCCGGCAGAGGCGAGUCAGAACGUAGGUGGGGAAGGUGUUUUCAGACGAGAAAUAAUUAACACUCGUGUGUUGUCGCUCGUGUUACGAAAGUCCUCGGAAGUCACGUUCAAUGUGCGCAAUUUGAUCGACCUUAUUGUGGCCAUAUCGGAAAGCUUCACUACCACACCAAUGGAUAACAACGUGAUUAGAAUGCUUAAGACGAAUCUGGAAAUACUUACCCAAAUAUUUAACUCAGCGGCGCCCAUAUUGAAGCAUACCAAAACAUGCCUUAACACCAUAGAACGAAAUCUAGCUGACGAUCUUUACAGAAUGAUGUGCACUCAGAAUGUUAAGUAUGUAGACACUCUCUUGCCAUACAUGUUCUAUACGUGUGCCAUUUUCAAGCAUACCGACGCGUGUCCCAUACCCCCAUACGAUGCGACGGUACAUUUGUCAAUUAAUUUGUAUUGUAAGAUCACAACAGAGUUCCGCCGUAAUUUAAGUCGUCACCGAGGGUUCUACUUAGAAUAUAUGUUCAUUCGAUUGAUGCUAACAAGUCCCGUGGAGACGCAACUGAUAUUAGUGAAGUCAUUAUAUCAGAUCUUAUUGGUGGAUCGUCGUGUAUUUGAGCGCUUGUUUAUAACGCAGGAUUGUGUACUUUAUCGUCCUAAUGUUGUUCAGAACAUUAUUCAGAGGUGCUCCUGUUUGGUAUUGUGUGACCAAUAUGGCUUAAAUUUUGAUGUUCGAUCGCACUUGGCUAAUUUUCUAGGAGCGGUUACUCAUACACUCAGAACUUGGGUUAUGGAAGACCAACAGAAUGGGGCCACUACCUUUCAUACAAAUGUACUAGACUUCCUUCCUGACUGGUUACCUUGGAGUGGUUGGAGUGGACGUACUAAGCCGACAGUGGAAAUGGCUGAUGUAGCUCUACCGAUAGAAGUCUGUUUAAAAUAUAAGUCGUUGAUGUUCCAUUACCUAGUACAAUUUGAGAAGAGACCUACAUGGUGUUUGAAUAAGCUGAUUGAGGCAAGGUUACUUAAGAAUGAUGUGAUCAGUAUUUGCAACUUUUUCAAAGAGCCUGAGUUGCCAAUUAGUAAAGUAGGUCUGGGAAAUUGGUUCGGUGAAAAUAACCAGUUUCAUAUUGAUUGCCUCCGAGAGAUAUUGAGCCGUAUGGAUCUAUCAGGUAUGGGCAUAGAAGAGGCCCUACCUCGGUUCCUUAAUUUAUUUAGGCUGCCGGGAGAGGCGCAAAAGAUUGAUCGGAUAGUGCAGCAAUUUUCGAAAACUUACGUCAGAGACAACCCCACCUUUCUUACCGAUGGCUGCAGACGUAACCUUAGCUACAACGGCACUUCAACGGCCGGUAGGAAUCCUACCAUUCAAGGAUUCAGUGCUGAAUCUACGGGCGACGGCCCUCUUAUCAAAACAGCUGGGUCGGACCACCUCGGAGGGCCACUGAGCCGAGUCCCAGAACAAACCCACUUACUGCCCGGCAAUUCGGCCCCCAAUUCAACCGCCAAUUCAGCCGCCAAUUCAGCCGCCAAUUCAGCCGCCAAUUCAGCCCCCAAUUCAGCCGCCAAUUCAGCCACCAAUUCAACCGGCCACAUCGCGAUAGGUAAUGGCACAGAUGUCAGCGUUGCAGAUGUCAGCACAGCAGGUAUUAGCACAGCAGGCAUUAGCCCAACAGGUGUUACAACAGCAGGUAUUAGUACGGUUGACCGAGGUGGCAGUAGCGGUACUGUUGGCGUGGACUGUGACGUUUCGGGCCUGAGUGCGACAGGAGACCAAGGGCGAGAGAGCAUGUUCAUUUCUAACGUCAACGCGAACGUCAACGCGAACGUCAAUAGUGUGGAACGAAUGGGAGUGGAACGAAUGGGAGUGGAACGAAUGGUAGAGGAUCAGAUCUCUACCGAGGAAUUAACGGACUUGGCAUAUAUAAUCUGUUUUAGCGUGAUCAUGUUGCACACGGAUGCUCACAGCAAGGAAAUUCGUCCAGAAGCUAAGUUGUGUCAGGAUGAUUUUGUAAAGAACACACAAGCAUGUGAUGGUGGAUCGGCAAUCCCCUCAGCGUACUUGGAGCAUUUGUACGCGCGCGUGACGGAGACAGAAUGGACGAUGCAAGAUCCGGGCUACGUGGCUGGAUUACCCUCCGUUAGUCUUGGUGCUAAGAUUAGCUUCGAAGCUCUUUGGAAUGAGGUGGAAAAUAAACUCAAGACAAACCGUGAACGCUCUGGGUUCCAAACAGACCUUGGUGCCUCGAACUGCCUCUCAUCCCGGAGCGGUCUGGGAAAGGCUGGAACGUCAUCGGUAGUCGAAACGACCACUUCUCGGUUGUCUGGAACGGUAGGAAUUGGAGCGACAGGAAUUGGAACGGUAGGAAUUGGAGCGACAGGAAUUGGAGCGACAGGGAUUGGAGCGACAGGGAUUGGAGCGACAGGAAUUGGAGCGGCGGAGUUGCAGGAGAGUCCGGGUAAAUUGCGAGAGGCGGUGGAAAACGUGUCGGCAUCUCCGUUGAGCAAGAAGUCGGACCAAAGUAACCCGGGCGGUGAGGCGAGUGGUGUUUUAUUGGACGCAUCAGACGCGAUAAACCAGGCGGUGAAGGCCGUGUUGUCGACCGUGGUGCGUUGCAACAUGAUUCGGGCUUUGAAAGUAGACGCGUUGCCCCAGGAUGUAUUCGUUAACUUUCCGGCAGCACUCGUAGAGGUGGAGGUGGAAAAUGGUUGGGAAGGCCGGUCAGUGGACCUGAAUCCCCAAUUGUUGGUGCACCCGGUAGUGGUGGAGGGAGUGGGGAACGGCGUAGACCUACCACAGCCGGUGUUCCAGUCCAAUUUGGACACGGUCGUAGGAGCGCGGGGAGCGGCCAUGGGAGCGUUAGAAGCAUGCGGUUCGAUCGCCGUGUUGGUUGGGAACCAAAGACUCUUCCAAGAAGUGUUAGCCGCACUCGCCGCCAUUAGUGGAUUGCUCAUGGCCGUACCACCACACAGUUUUCACGCUUUGAGUUGCGAGAGCUGGCGCAUCCUCUGCGCCCUCGCCACCUCCUGCGUCGAGGGCAUCGGCAGCCUCUGGCACUGCCUUACCAUCUGCGUUUCCGAAAGCGAGCCUCCACACUGGCUCUCGGUACUUACAACGGACUCCUGCCGCCUCUCUGGCAAGACCAUCCUCGCCGAGGCGGGACCGCCGGAAGGAGCGCUGGACCGUGCGGAGGUGGAGGUGCAGCCGGAGGCGCAGGGACUGUCUCCGGAAGGAGCGGAGGACCAGGUGGAGGACCAGGUGGAGGACCAGGUGGAGGACCAGGUGGAGGACCAGGUGGAGGACCAGGUGGAGGACCAGGUGGAGGACCAGGUGGAGGACCAGGUGGAGGACCAGGUGGCGUCGGACGAUACAAUAGCGUCGGACGAUACAAUAGCGCCAAAUACUUGGACGAGUCCUCCAACCGAUCCAUCGACCAAAGAUCUAACAGCCGUUUCAUUCGGCCCACAUUCUGAACGACUUGACGCGGAAGAUUUCGAACUCUACGUCUCUGCCAUCUGCUCCGUCUCCCACUCGGAACUUCACGCCCACUACUGCAACCAAUACAGAACCAACAAACCUGCGGAUUCAGAAAAAGCAGUGCGACUCGGCACGCUGCAUAAAUUACUCGAUUUGCAGGAACAAGCCGUUGGGAAAAGACCAAGCGACGAGCUUAAAAAGAUUCUACUCUGUUACAUAUUCCCCCACCUAAUAGAGUCUGCCUCACACCCAGAUAUAAACAUUCAAUUGUACACUGUAGACAUCCUGAAAUUAUCUAUUAACAGUGUGCUGGAUCGUGUGCACACGAUUCCUCAAAAUAAUAUUCUGGAGCCUUUACUUCAAAUUCUUCACAAUAGUAGCGAAAUAACACGCGAAUUCAUUGUCCGAAUUGUUACAAACCUGGUAAAGUCUCGUGGACACCUUUUAUAUGAUGGGUGGGCAAUAUUGCUGCAAAUUUUGUCAGCAUAUAUUCCUUCAAGCGAAGACAUUCAGGGGUAUGACUGGAAGGACUCUGCAAAUGCCACAAGAGAACGCAUCAUAAAUGGUUACAGAAUACUGGAACACUCUCUUGAGCAUCAUCUGAUCGUGCUCUUUGGCCACUUCGAUUUGCUAGUCAAGGCAAUCAGCGCGUACCUCAACUGCUAUGUGCCGGUUGUCAACAAAACUGGCUCAGGCGUGGAAACGAAUCUUUACGACUUUUCACGUCUCUCGCUUGACGCCAUCUCACUGAUCAGCAACCUAGCCGGGAUUGUGUCUGGCUUGAAGGAGAUUAACUACGAACAAGGAGCUAGAUCUCCGUAUGACAAUUCCCCGGACCAGGCUGUCGCUACUUCAAAAGUUGCCCGCUGGCCGAGCGGAUUUGUCAACUAA